AUGGCCAGUGUGACCAACGGAGCUAGUACCAGAGGCACUCUAGGGGUAGCCGCUCUAGCUAUUCCUGUCGUCAGCCUUGUGAACCCCACCACCGGCCCUACUGCCGGCGGAAAUACUGUAUCCAUCAUCGGCUCUGGUUUCAUAAACGCCACGGCUGUGACCUUCGGCUCAGCUGCUGCCACUUCAUAUACUGUGGUCUCUGCCACGACGAUAAAUGCUGUUGUUCCAGCAGGCCCGAGCGGUGGCGGCAGUGUCUCUGUUCGUGUCACUAGUCCUGGUGGUACCAGUGCCGCUGGUACUACCUAUACCUAUAUAGCUGCUCCUGUCGUCAGCAAUGUGAGCCCCACCACCGGCCCUGCUGCCGGCGGAAAUACUGUGUCUAUCAUCGGCUCUGGUUUCACCAACGCCACGGCUGUGACCUUCGGCUCAGCUGCUGCCACUUCAUAUACUGUGGUCUCUGCCACGACGAUAAAUGCUGUUGUUCCAGCAGGCCCGAGCGGUGGCGGCAGUGUCUCUGUCCCUGCUCCUGUCGUCAGCAGUGUGAGCCCCACCACCGGCCCUGCUGCCGGCGGAAAUACUGUGUCUAUCAUCGGCUCUGGUUUCACCAACGCCACGGCUGUGACCUUCGGCUCAGCUGCUGCCACUUCAUUUACUGUGGUCUCUGCCACGACGAUAAAUGCUGUUGUUCCAGCAGGCCCGAGCGGUGGCGGCAGUGUCUCUGUCCGUGUCACUAGUCCUGGUGGUACCAGUGCCGCUGGUACUACCUAUACCUAUAUAGCUGCUCCUGUCGUCAGCAGUGUGAGCCCCACCACCGGCCCUGCUGCCGGCGGAAAUACAGUGUCUAUCAUCGGCUCUGGUUUCAACAACGCCACGGCUGUGACUUUUGGCGCAACUCCUGCCACCUCAUUCACUGUGGUCUCUGCCACAGCGAUAAAUGCGGUUGUUCCCCCUAGGCCCGAGCGCCGGCGCCUUGUGAGCCCCACCACCGGCCCUGCUGCCGGCGGAAAUACAGUGUCUAUCAUCGGCUCUGGUUUCACCAACGCCACGGCUGUGACCUUCGGCUCAGCUAUUGCCACUUUAUUCACUGUUCUCGCUGACACAGUGAUAAAUGCAGUUGCUCCCCCAGGCCCGAGCGGUGGCGGCAGUGUCUCUGUCCGUGUCACUAGUCCUGGUGGUACCAGUGCCGCUGGUACUACCUAUACCUAUAUAGCUGCUCCUGUCGUCAGCAGUGUGAGCCCCACCACCGGCCCUGCUGCCGGCGGAAAUACUGUGUCUAUCAUCGGCUCUGGUUUCACAAACGCCACGGCUGUGACUUUUGGCGCAACUCCUGCCACCUCAUUCACUGUGGUCUCUGCCACAGCGAUAAAUGCGGUUGUUCCCCCUAGGCCCGAGCGCCGGCGCCUUGUGAACCCCACCACCGGCCCUGCUGCCGGCGGAAAUACAGUGUCUAUCAUCGGCUCUGGUUUCACCAACGCCACGGCUGUGACCUUCGGCUCAGCUAUUGCCACUUCAUUCACUGUUCUCGCUGACACAGUGAUAAAUGCAGUUGCUCCCCCAGGCCCGAGCGGUGGCGGCAGUGUCUCUGUCCGUAUCACUAGUCCUGGUGGUACUAGUAGCGCUAGCAUUAACUAUACCUAUGCAGCCGCUCUAACGCCUAUCAUCACCGCGCUUAUCCCAGCAUCCGGGCCAGUAUCAGGUGGGAAUAAUGUCACCAUCACCGGCUCAAACCUCAGUGGCGCCACAGCAGUUACAUUUGCUGGUAAUCCAGCCAGUUCUUUCACUAUUUUAUCACCCACUCAAGUGAAUGCUGUGGCUCCACCAGGUACUGCUGGGACUGCCUCAGUAGUAGUCACAACGCCUGCUGGUGCAAGCACAGGAUUUAAUUAUACUUACGUCGCUGCACCUACACCUACAGCAGUGUAUCCUACUGCAGCCGUCACAGCUGGCGGUAACACUGUCGCUAUCGUUGGCACUAAUCUAUUAGGUACUACUGGUGUGAAAUUCGGAACCACCCCUGCGGCUAGCUUUACAGUUAUUGAUGACACUGAAGUGGAUGCUGUCACACCUCCACAUAAUGUCGGCACAGUUUCAAUCAAUAUUACUACCCCAGGCGGCACAGAUAGCUCGCUUAGCUUCAGCUUCCAGCCGUUACCGGUAAUUGCUUCUAUUACUCCCACUUCUGGACCAACUGCUGGGGGCACUACAGUGACCAUCACUGGGGCUGGCUUGAUCAAUACUCUUGAUGUGUUCUUUGGGACAACUGCAGCAACCGCCUUUACAGUUAUCUCUGAUAACACGGUAACUGCAACCUCCCCUGCUGGAGCAGUAGGGGCUACUGCUGUGACAGUUGACACCGCUUCUGCCACUAGCAACGGCGCCAUAUUCCAAUAUAUUGCCGCGCCAACCCUUACCACCUUGUCGCCUACUGGUGGAGCCAUUGCUGGCGGCAAUAACGUGACUCUUACUGGAACGGGCUUCACGACGGCUACUAAUGUAUUCUUUGGAGCCAACCCAGCUCCGUUCACUAUUCAUAGUGACAACUCAAUCAGUGCAGUUGCACCUUCCGGCACUGGAGCCGUUUCAGUCACUGUUGUGAACCCUGGAGGGACUAGUGGUGCUCAGACGUACUCUUACUCUUAA